UUGGCAACCUUCAUUUUCAAAAACAAUUUAUAUACGUUACUGAAGUCUUGUAACGCGCGGAAAAUUAAUCUAUCUUCCUAUGAGUGAGAACAGAAAAGCAAGGCGCCGUGAACGUUUCCGAAGAGGUCGCUCGUGUCCACAGCCGUUCGAUUUGGUGAUACAAUCCGUUUGCAAUCAAGGGAGCUUGGAACAUGAAGUACUCAAAGAUGCGCAACGAUUUAUGUAUCAUAUGCAGCAACAGGGCCAUCCUAUCGAUCUUGAUGCCAUUACCGCAUCGGGUAUGACAGCAUUGACGCAAUGUGUGCUAGAUGGAAGCCUUAGGAGUGUCAAAAUCUUAGUCGAGCUUGGAGCAAAUGUUAACAAGAAGGACGGCCGUGGUUGGACACCACUUCAUUAUGCGGCGAGUGAGGGGUAUAUAGAAAUUGUGCGCUUUUUAUUGAGAUGCGAGGCUGAUGUCCGAACCAAGAAUAACGAGGGAGAUUUGCCAGUUGAUUUGGCUGAAGAUGAAGCUGUCAAAGAGCUUCUGAGUCGAGUUACGCUGUUUUUGACUCCAACUGGUUCAGUGAUAAGAAGACGACUUAGCCUCCCAGCUGGCCAUGGGUUUUAACAUUAUUUAUAACUAUCCCAAAAAAAAAAUUAGUCACAGCUAGAAUAGCUUCAUUGAUCCUAGUAGCUUGUUUUACGUGGUCAAACAUUUAUUGACUAUCAUAAAAAAAUUUAGUCACAGCUAGAAUAGCUUCAUUGAUCCUAGUAGCUUGUUUUACGUGGUCAAACAUUUAUAUUGACUCCACACUAAAUCGUGAUUGUUUUAUCAUUACUGAUCUAAAAAUCUCCUCGAAAUCAAUAUUUUAAGUGCUAAAACAACACAUUACUAAUUGCUUUUGAAGAGUUUUAAAGUUCCAUUCAAGGGAAAGACGUCAUCAUGUAUGAGGCAUCGUGCAGUGGACGAUAGAACGAUCGGAAACGCAAACUAGGUCUUAAAUAUUCUAAGUGCUAAAACAACACAUUUCUAAUUGCGUUUGAAGAGUUUUAAAGUUCCCUUCAAGGAAAAGACGUCAUCAUGUAUGGGGCAUCGUGCAGUGGACAAUAGAACGAUCGGAAACGCAAACUAGGUCUUUGAGUGGAAAUUUAGUUUAUCAGUACCCUGCGAGCAGAGGAUUUUUUAAACCCUCUCCCAUCUUCCAACGGUCGUGGAGAGGACCAGGGUAGUUUAUCAAAUAAUCAAGUGAACACGUAUUACAUCUCUUUUCGUUUAUCAAGCUUUGUGUAUGUCACUGGCUGAAUGUUUGUAAGGUCAAGUAAGUGGUUUUAGGAAUUUUUGUUGGUAUGGAUUUGUCCUCUGAUUUGACAGCAACCCUCGGAACUAACUCUUUAAUUGUUGGUCAGAUAUACCAUGUCCAGCUUCGUGGAUUAAGAACUAUUAUUACAACAGUAAAAACCCCGUGGUUUAAAUCAUAUAAAGUGGUCCCUCUCAAGUGGGAUGUCAAACAAUGGGAGUCUCAAAUAUGUGACAGAAGCCAAGAAGCAUCUGCAGAACGCAUUAGGCGAUGUCGUCUUGAAGUUAUCUAUAGCUAGAUCUUCUUGAGUCCAAGCGAUUAACUGACCUUUUAUCUUGUUUAUAUAUAAAAACCAUAUAAUACUACUCUCAAAAUCCAUGACUUAUAGACAUCAAAGUUUGACCACCUAAAUUCUAGAUGAAAUAAAACUUAAAACURACUAUAACAAAAGAUAACUAGUCGAUUCGAUAAUCUCUUAAUUAAGUACCGGAAAAUGAUCUUUCUCAGUGCAGCUAUUUUGUACGAGAUAGUGGAGUAUCRCUGGAACAGAAGUGGGAACAAAGCAACUACUGACCUCUGCGUGUUUUUGUUUGGAUCAUGCCUAAUCGAAUUCGACAAAUAAAUUAAUAGUUGUGAUAACUAAAUACCUUAACUAAGAAAGAGUGCAUAACAUGUAUCUGUGAAAAAGUUAACUAACACAACUGUACAAAUUAGUCCAACAUUUUGAAGGUCUACUGAGUUUAAUUACCAAUUUGUGCAAAUUGUGCAACUCCAUACGAAUGUUUUCACGUAUAUAUGGUAUGUACUCUACCUUUUAGCGCUACAUAGGUCUAGCUAGUAAGUAAUUUGUUUCACGGACGGACACAUUGCGUGCACUCUAUCAGACAGAAACUUACUUCAACCCACAUUUGAUUAUGUUCAUUGUUCAGGCUCGAACUUGUAAACUCUCAAAUUAUCACCAAGAGCUAGCUCGUAUUGAUUAAUGAAAGAGUGAAUGCCACAACAAGUAUGCUGGUAUUAAUUGCGCAGUAACUUAUGGGCAGGUAGGUGCCAUACGGAAACGAUAAUAAAUGCAGAGUUCUUAA